UAUCGAAUACAUUAAAGUUGAUAAAUGAUAACAGUGAAUCUAUGUGUGACCUGUAUGAUUAUUGUGCAUUAUUAGUGAUCAAUGGCACUAUUAGAAAUUCUAUUAAACUAGUGAUUUCUACGAACAAGUUGGAAUUUGGUUAAUCUCGAAUAUAUCAUGUUUAUAAUAUAUUGUAUUUACUAGGUUACUUUAUGAAUUUUUGUGUUUUGGUGAGUCUCGAUUUAUUUAGUGUGAUUUAAACAAAGGUUAAAGUUAGUUUAUUUGAGAGAAUGUGGCUUUCUACUAGAAAGGAUCAUUUGGACGAUGGAGCUCCACCGAAUAGAGCUCCAUGCGUCUCUUUUGGAGGAUUCUUUAACAGCUCUUUGAGGAUGGGAUUUGGACUACAAUUCCUUGCUCUUCUAUCUCUAAAUUUUGUAUAUUAUAGUUUUAAUGGUAAAGGAGUGUUUAGCUAUGAUUUAAGCGGUUUGCCUGAGGAAACUAGGCUCGACCCUAGUUUCAGGUUCUAUACGACUACAGCAUCGAUGGUUUAUAUGCUUGGCUCAUUGAGUCUUGUUUGUUUUCAGGUUCUUCUAGCUGAUGAUACAUGUUGGGCUAGAGGAUAUCGCUCUGGUUCUAAGAUACUCCGCUUAGCUACAUUUUUGGAUACAGUCAGCUCAACACUCCAAUUUAUUUUCUACUUGUAUGUUUCCAAGUUUUACAGUAAGAGAUGGUACGCUCACCUCAACGAAGGUGGAAGUGAACUUGUUUUCAUGGUCUUUACCAGGAACAUUCACGCUUGCGCCUGUCUUUUGUACGGGGUUGCAUGUUAUCUAUUGGAAGUGUACCAUGAUGAAGGAGCUGGAGAUUUACACGCAUAUCUAAAUGGAGUUUUAUUUGUAGCAACUGGAGUUAUGGAAUUUGCAGUCUUACUAUUCAAUGUUAAUGGAGCCUACACGCCAUUACUUUUAUUAUCUCUUGCUGCAGCUACUCUUUGGGCAUUUUACUUUGAACCGGAGGUGACUUUUGUUUCACCAACCCUCGAAGAAACUGAACUAACCAACGACGUUGAACAACAGGUCGAGAAGUUCACGAGACUCACACCUACCAGCCAAAUUCCUUACUAUUAAAAUAACGAUUUUUUAAAAUAAGCAUGAAAUCAAAUAGUAGUUUAGU